AUGAGUCAAGAAGAGAACAUGGUUUACAACGGAGAAGUGACGCAAUCUUUAAACAUCUCUAGCGAACUUGAACAAGUUCUCAAGGACAACGAUGAAUCGAAAUUGCCAAGGAGAAGACUAAACAAAAAGUGGACUUUUGUUCCUAAUUUAGUAUACGAAGACGAAGAACAAGUUCUUGAUGAUAUUGUGGAACCACUUCCGGCUAAUUUGAAUGACAAAGUAGAGAAGAAGAGACAGAGAAAGGAAGAUGAGUCUGGUCUUGAGAAAUCGAAGAACUCGAAGAAGCAAAAAUCAGAUAAUUCUACAGAGAUUAAAGAGAUGUGGGAUUCAAUUACAAACGACUCCAAGGAUGAUGAUGGCGAUAAGGUCAAAGAGAAUCGUCCUAAGAAAUAUGAAGAGAUAGAUAAACUGUUUAGGAUGGGGAGAAAGAAGAGCAAAAAGGAGAAAGAUGCGUCUGAGAUUGCGAUGCAAGUAGAAAAAGUUAUGGCUACUCUUGAAAUCGCAGUAGAAGACGACGUGGAGCUCAACAAAAAAGGAAAACCCGCCAUUACUAAGCUCAUGAAGUUACCUCUUCUCAAUGAAUCUCUCUCAAAGAAACAACUUCAAGCUACAUUUUUAGAUCAUGGAGUACUUAACCUUCUCAAGAAUUGGCUCGAGCCGCUUCCUGAUGGUAGCUUACCGAAUAUAAACAUCCGCGCAGCUGUCUUGACGAUUCUCAACGAUCUACGUAUCGAUUUAGAUCAAGACUGUAGAAGAGAACAGUUGAGUAAGAGCGGUCUCGGGACGAGCCGUAUCAUUUAUAACAAGAGCACAAGAUAUGAGAACAUGUACAGUGAAGAGGAACUAGAAGAGCAUCAGCAAAUUCUUUUGAAAAGGCAGAACAAGACAGCUCCUAAGGUGUCUGAAACAAAAGCUGACUUUGAUAUAGAUGUUGACUUUGAGAGGAAACGACUAUCCAAGCUAGCAGCUCCUAAAGUAGUAGGAAGAGCGAGCGUACCACAAGCAAUGUCGAUGGACUUUACGAUUCGUCCUCAAAAGGAGAAAAUUGACAAAAAACUCGAAGCUCUAGCCAAGUUUCAAAUGGACACUAGCAGCGUCCAUGGAAAUAUUAUGAACAAACUGAAGAAGAAAAAGGCGUUCAUGAGGAAAGGACAGCGACGGAUAAAGAUUAGUGCAACACGGGCGUACUAUGGUUAA